CAUCUUGGGAUAAAGAAAGUGCGGUCGUCGUUGUUUUGCGCAAGUCGUGUAAUUACGUUUCAUAAUCUCGUUUUGGAGGGGAAAAUAGCACCCUUAUAGGAUUUUAACUGCUGUAGCGAACGCUAAUGGUCAUCUGACUGCCACAGCCGGGAAAAACAUGGGAGCCGAUAAGCGGAUUAGUCGCACUGAACGCAGUGGCAGAUACGGCUCUGAACAAUCACGCGGUGAGUCAGAGUGGCGUGAGAGACGGGACAGGGAGCAAGCCCGGGAUCAUGACAUGCGUCGCCGGGGGGAUGAGAGACGUGGCGACCGCUAUGAAGGAGACCGUCGAGGAAACCGAGACAGUCCCGAGCAGAGAGAGAGGAAGCGACGCAACAGUGACAGAUCAGAAGAUGGUUAUCACUCUGACGGGGACUACCCAGACCAAGAUUACAGAAGAGAGCCAGAGGAGGAUAAGAAAAGCAAGACUAUCAUGCUCUGGGGACUGUCUCAGCAUGUCACUGAAGAUGAUAUUCGAGUUGCCAUAGACCAGCUGGAGGGGCCACAGCCAGUGGACGUCCGACUGAUGAAGAAGAAGACAGGUAUAAGCCGUGGUUUCGCCUUCGUGGACUUUUAUCACUUGCAAGAUGCUACCCGAUGGAUGGAGACCAAUCAGAAACGUCUGGUUGUACAUGGCAAAUGCGUGGACAUGCACUACAGCCACCCCCGAAACAAAUAUGAAGACUGGCUCUGCAAUACUUGUGGCCUGUACAAUUUCCGGAGGAGGCUGAAGUGCUUCAGGUGUGGAGCAGCAAAAGCUGAGAGUGAGAGCAGCAAUACUACCGGAGUCACAGAAACCCAUCCCACUGGUGACUUCUACGGAGACACCAUCAUCUUGAGGAACAUUGCCCCACAGACCACAGUUGAGGCAAUCAUGACAGUCUUGGCACCCUAUGCCAAUCUCUCUGCCAACAACAUCCGUCUCAUCAAAGACAAGCAGACAGGACAGAACAGAGGAUUUGCCUUUGUCCAGCUUUCUUCCCCCCUGGAGGCAUCUCAGCUCCUAACCAUCCUACAGGGAUUGCAGCCUCCCUUGAAGCUAGAUGGAAAAACAAUUGGGGUCGAUUAUGCUAAAAGUGCCAGGAAGGACCUAUUACUACCUGAUGGGAAUCGUGUCAGUGCCUUCUCUGUAGCCAGCACAGCCAUUGCUGCAGCCCAGUGGUCCUCGAGUCAGCCACAGCAGGGCUCAGAGGGAGUGUCAGAGUAUAGCUACCUGCAGGAGGGAUACACUCCUAUGUCACAGGAAUACCAGACGUACUACCAGCAGGGUGCCGAUGCCUCUCAGGGUAAUGGAAUAUUAGGAGCGGCCCCCGGUGUGAAAAUAGUUACAGCUGCAGCUGGAGUCGUGAUUUCACAGAGUCCGCAAGUGUACCAGCCCCACAUAGUAGGCCAGCCUGCCAUUCAGGCAUUGCAAGUUGUUCAGCAACCGGAAGUAAAACCCCAGAGUGGACCGGUGUCGGCCACUGCAACUAUAUCUGUGCCAGCUGUUACUGCAGCUGCUACAGCUACUUCUACUACAACACUAGCAGCCUCUGGACAGACACCUAACACAACUGCUGUUGCUUCUGAUACAUCCACCUAUCAGUAUGAUGAAGCCUCUGGCUACUACUAUGACCCUCAGACUGGCCUGUUUUAUGACCCUCACUCACAAUACUACUACAAUUCUCAGACUCAGCAGUAUCUGUACUGGGACAGCGAGAAGCAGACAUAUGUCCCUGCAGCAGCUGAUGCCAUUGGUGGACAGACAGCCAAUAGUGCUGCAGCCAGCAGCAAAGAAGGGAAAGAUGGCAAGGAAAAGAGAGAGAAACCCAAGAGCAAGACUGCUCAGCAGAUUGCUAAAGACAUGGAGAGGUGGGCCAAGACUCUAAACAAACAGAAGGAGAACUUCAGGAGUAGUUUCCAGCCCAUCAGUCAAGAGGAGCGGAAAGAAGCAGCAGCUGCGGACGCAGGCUUCACACUAUUUGAAAAGAAGCAGCAGAUGGGUGGCCUUGAAAGACUCAUGUCUGAGGCACUUAAAGCUCCAGAAGAGGAGGCACCAGUCAGCUCAGUAAACACAGCCAAGUGUGGUCUUGUGGCGGCCUACAGUGGAGACAGUGAUCCUGAGGAAGGGGGAACUGGGUUCAUUGAUGGGGAGAGUAGUGAAGAGAGUCUAGACAAGCUGACAGACUGGAAGAAAUUGGCCUGCUUGCUGUGUAGGAGACAGUUCCCCAGUAAAGAGAGUCUAAUUCGUCAUCAGCAGCUCUCCGACCUCCACAAGCAAAACCUGGAGGUUCUUCGCAGAUCCAAACUUAGUGAAGCAGAGCUGGAGGAGUUGGAGAGAAAAGAGACAGAGAUGAAAUACAGAGAUAGAGCAGCCGAGAGGCGAGAGAAAUAUGGCAUUCCCGAACCCCCGGCACCAAAAAGGAAGAAGUUUGCCCAGCCAACACCAGUUGUUAACUAUGAGCAGCCCACCAAAGACGGUCUCAAUAGUGACAAUAUCGGGAACAAGAUGCUGCAGGCAAUGGGCUGGAAGGAGGGCAAGGGUCUAGGACGCAACCAGCAGGGCAUCACUGCACCUAUCGAGGCACAAUUGAGAACGAAAGGAGCUGGUCUUGGCACCAAAGGCAGCAACUAUUCCCUCUCUGCAUCAGACACCUAUAAAGAUGCAGUCCGCAAAGCUAUGUUUGCUCGCUUCACUGACAUAGAGUGAGUGGUCAGCACCAUCCAUCGAGGCCGUGGCCGUGUACCAUGCAGGUGCUAUGUUUGUUUUUUGAGAAAGCCAUUAUCAUCGUUGGAAGCGUCUGUCGGCACCUCGCCCUCUCUGCGUUCAGAACUCUGAAGAGAUCCCACGAGCUCCACCAUCCCUCCAUCAGGAGUCACUGAAACGGCACCAGAGAAAGGUUUCCUCAACUCAUGUACCUCUGUCGGAUCAGAGUAUGUCAUCUUGAUUAUUGUUUUCAAAACAAACACGAAGCUGUAAGGGUGGAGCUCUACCAUAGGAGAUAAUUUAUAUAUGAUUUGUAUAUAUGCAGAGGGAUUUACUUUGUUUUCUUCUCCCUAGUUUAAAAGAAAUGUUUUUCUUUUUUUUCUCGGCAUGUUAAAGGUGUCAAAGCAAUUGUACAGUUUUUAUGAGAUUGUCUCAUUUUGUACAGACAAUAAAUGAGAAUAAGUUAUCAA